CUCGAGGCUUGUGCAGUUUCUGAUAACUGUUGUCAUUUAAAAGUAACUAAGGAGUUAUGUUAAAUGUUUCAAAUCUAUACAAAUACAAAAUUGUGUUAAUCAUGUGUCCUUGAUGAAAAAUAACUAAUAGGAUAGUAAUUAAUCGUCUGGUCAUUUCGUUUGAAAAUAAAUAACAGUCUAGCCAGUCUGGUUAUAAAACUGAAACAUGUUAUUUCAAAAAAAUACAAUUGGAUGUGUUAUCGUUAUUGACGUCCGAAGGAUUCGAAUUGUUACCUACUUACUUACAACUUAGCGUUUGGCGACAAUAAUAGUACAGACAAGACUGCAGGCUGAACUCCGGAACAGUCAUGGCGGCUACAUUUUUAUGGAUAACAAUUAUUCACAUUUUACUGUGGAACUUAAUAUUUUCUGAAACUGAGGGUAUUGAACUAAAUGGGGCGGAAGAUUUAUUAUUGAAUAGUUUUCGUGAUCGAGUACGGUAUUCAACACAUAUUUGUGAUCGUUUAAAUAAUUCACCACCACCACUGGUUGCUUAUCAUAACAAUGAAGAACUUUUAUCUAGUCCAGAUAGUGAUGUUAAUUUGGAAAAUCCGGGUUUAAUUAAGGAUUUGACUAAAGGAGUAAAUCCUGUAAAAAGACACGUUAGUUUACGAUGCUAUAACCAUCAUACACAGGAAAAUAAUGAACCUAAUAACCAAGAUCCUUCUACAAUAAGUGAGUGGCAAAUGAAGUCUACUCCUGUAAACGACGCAUUUGGUGCAGAUUUUUCAGCUGUUCAAAAACCGAAAGUUCUAGAUCUAAAAAAAAUUGAUAUUAAUUUACACAAAGUGAUACAUCAAGAACCGUUUCAUUCUACAGUACCACAUUUACAGAAAGUUAAUCUUAUUGGAGAAAAUUCAAAACAUUCAAUGCCUCAAUUAAAUUUACAAGAUAAGACAAACAAAAUUAAAUCAUUAAUUUCUGAACCACAACAUAAGUAUGCCGAUAUAAAACCAGAUCAAUUAUUCAAUGAAAAUCUACAUAACAAAUUAGUUCAACCUUCGCUGACUUUUCCAUUACCUUCUAAAUUUAUUAAAUCUCCCAUAACUCAUUCAUUAUCACGGCCAACUGAAAUACAUAAUACUAAUGUUGAUACGGUAGUGUUAACGACAGAAAAUUACCAACAAAGUAACCCGUCAAAACUGACUCCACAUAAUAUACCGAAUAAAAAUUUUUACCAAAAAGAUUCAAUAGUUGAAAAAAAACCACUUUUGUCUCUUUCGUCGAUUCAGAUUAACAAGCCGAAACCUGUAGAAGUUUCAGAUGAUAAACGUGUACCACCUAUCGCAUAUCGACCUACAUCUCCUCAGUAUAUACAAAUUCCUGAAAUCAAACCAUUACUUAUACCGAUUUUUGUGCGAAAAGAUGUAUCGAUAUCACCACUAAGUGAACGACCACAGUCUAAUAUUGAUUUGUUAUCACAUCCUAAAAUAAUCAAAAACGGUAUUACUGAAUCAACGGCUCAACCAAUCUUAAUUGAAAAAGAAGUUCCAGUAUCUUUGCAACAGAAAAAAAAAACUGGAUUCAUUGAUUGGUUUUUAUCUACAAAAAUUAAGACACCCGACGCAAAAUUGACGCACAAACCGGUUCCAAUUGAAAAAGAAGGUUCUAUCUAUUUUCCAAAUAAAAAACAACAGGAAUUAAUUGAUUUGUCAUCAUCUACACAAUUAAUAAAGACACCUGAUGCAGAAACAGCAUAUAAACCGAAUACAAUAGAAAAAGAAGUUUCAAUAUCUGAAUCAAAUAACCAAAAACAACCGAUAAUUGAUUUAUCACCACAGACUCCGCAAUUUGUUAACACUCCUGAUAAAGAAUCAUUAUAUCAGGCGACGACAGGACAACCAAUAAUACCAAUAAAUGCGCCUUAUGAACAAAAACAAUCAUUAAUUAAUUUGCCAUCGCUUUCUCAAGUGACUGAGACUUUCAACAGCGAAUCAACAUCGCAGAUAGUGCCAAUUCAAAAAGAAGUUUCAACAUCCGCUACAUAUGGACAACCACAGCCAUCUUUUGAUUUUUCACCGCCACCAAUAUUUCAACAACUUAAAAUAAAUAAGGAAAUAUCAAUACCGCUUCCUCCUCAGCAACAAAGGAUUGUUGCACCUCUAGAGCUAAUCAAUUCUUUCAAUCCUAAAUUGAUAUCUCAAAAAAAAAGUGCAUUAUAUGAUCAACAAAAACCAAUCGUUUUGCCAUCACCUCCUCCACUAAUCAAAACUACUACUACAUCAGCGUAUGCCAUUGAAUAUUAAAUAUUUACUAUUUAUUUGUCACAACUUUCAAAACAUUAACAUUUUUGUUUUGCUGGUGUUUUGUGAGUUGAGACAAAAAACAAAGAUGGUUUAAUAUAAUUUAAGACAUUUAAAUUUCUGAUAAAAUAUGAAAAAAAAACAAUUUAAUAAUUAAACAUUUAAUAUUUAAUGUUUAAUUUUAUUAAUUUCAAUUUUUGAACACUUUGUGUUAUAACCUAUAAUCCACGUAUAGAUUUUGUUAUUAUUUGUGGAAGUUUCUUAAUGAAAACAUUUAAAUUUCUUAUAUUAUAUUAAAAUCUUUACUAAUUUUAAAUAUUUAGUAUCUAUAUUAAUUCGAUAGAAAAUAUUUAUGUAAAACAAUAAAAUAUGAAAAAGUCUAUACAAAUUUUAAGUCAUAUUUUUCCUAUAUGUCUUAUUAAAAAUGCAAAUUAUUAUUAUUAUUUGUCAAUUUAAGAAUUAAUAAACUCAAUACUGUUAUUUACUGCACAUGACCAAUAUAUAAAUUAUUUAUGUUACAUUACUAAAAUCGUUUUACAUUGUAAAAUUGGAUGAUGAAGUGUAAGUAUAUUAUUUUUAGUUUCUUAAACAAUUGAUAAAUUCAAAAUUGUAUACAUACCUCGGGUAUUAUUAAAAAAAAAAGGAAUUUUCGCAAGCAAUACGAAUUAUGGAUUUAUAAAAUUCAGAUCCGUUCUUUUUUGUUUUGGUAAAAUGUGCAUUAGAGAUGCUUAUCUAUUGCAUCAGUAUUUCUUAACUUGAUUGUAGUGACUAAAUUUUGAAACACAAAUUGUGUACGCUUGUCUUUUGUGUAUAGACUGCAAUUAUGUUUUGUAAACAAAUUAAAAAAUAA